AUGGCUUCUAUGGCAUUACUCCGCCGAAAGCUUAUCAUCACCCGCACCACACUAUCCCAAUCCCACGUGCGCGCACGACCCUUCUCCCACGCCAACAACAACAAACACCGCAUCGAGAAGAUUCUAGUAGCCAACCGCGGCGAAAUAGCUUGCAGGAUCACGCGCACCGCGCGGAGACUCGGCAUUCAAACCGUCGCCGUGUACAGCGACGCCGAUAGAGACUCGCUGCACGUGGCCUCGGCCGACGAGGCCAUCCGAAUCGGACCUCCACCAGCGCGCCUCAGUUACUUGAACGGAGCCACCAUCGUCGACGCAGCCAUUCGCUCCGGCGCACAGGCUAUUCACCCUGGGUAUGGAUUCUUGUCCGAGAGUGCUGACUUCGCCAAGCUUUGUGAGGACAGUGGUCUCACCUUUAUAGGGCCUCCUGAGUCUGCAAUUCGGGACAUGGGCGACAAGAGUGCAUCGAAGAGAAUAAUGGGAGCUGCAGGGGUGCCUCUUGUGCCCGGAUAUCACGGAGAUGAUCAAGAUAUUGAGAGAAUGAAGUUGGAAGCUGAUAAGAUUGGAUAUCCAGUCCUAAUUAAGCCAACCCAUGGUGGUGGUGGAAAGGGUAUGAGAAUUGUGUACGCUCCAGAGGAGUUUGUUGAAUCGUUCCUAGCAGCACAACGGGAAGCAGCUGCUUCUUUUGGUGUCAACACCAUAUUGCUGGAGAAGUAUAUUACACGGCCAAGACAUAUAGAAGUCCAAAUAUUUGGGGAUAAGCAUGGGAAUGUUCUGCAUUUGUAUGAGCGAGAUUGCAGUGUUCAGAGAAGGCACCAAAAAAUUAUUGAAGAAGCUCCAGCUCCAAACAUUUCUGCUGACUUUCGUGCACACUUGGGUCAAGCUGCUGUUUCUGCAGCAAAGGCAGUUAAUUAUUACAGUGCUGGAACUGUGGAGUUUAUAGUUGAUACAGUCUCGGAUGAGUUUUACUUCAUGGAGAUGAAUACACGUCUUCAGGUUGAGCAUCCUGUCACAGAAAUGAUUGUUGGGCAGGAUCUUGUUGAAUGGCAAAUCCUUGUUGCCAAUGGAGAAGCUCUUCCAUUGAGUCAAUCACAGGUACCCAUAUCAGGCCAUGCUUUUGAAGCUCGAAUCUAUGCUGAAAAUGUUCAAAAAGGGUUUCUGCCAGCAACUGGAGUUCUACACCAUUAUCAUGUUCCAGUCUCAUCUCAAGUUCGGGUGGAGACUGGAGUUAAACAAGGAGACACUGUUAGCAUGCACUAUGAUCCUAUGAUUGCUAAGCUUGUGGUGUGGGGAGAAAAUCGUACUUCUGCCUUGGUCAAAAUGAAGGAUAGUUUGUCAAAGUUUCAGGUUGCAGGUUUACCAACCAAUGUCAACUUUAUUCUAAAGCUAGCUAAUCACUGGGCAUUUGCAAAUGGCAGUGUGGAGACUCAUUUUAUUGAUAACUACAAAGAAGACCUCUUCGGAGAUGUUAACAAUUCAGUAACUGUCAAAGAAGCAUACGAAGCAGCUAGACAUAAUGCAUCCCUUGUGGCCGCAUGUCUCAUUGAGAAAGAGCAUUUCAUACUGGCGAAAAACCCCCCUGGGGGCAACAGUUUACUACCUAUAUGGUAUUCUUCUCCACCUUUUAGAGUUCAUCAUCAAGCUAAGCGUAAAAUGGAACUCGAAUGGGAUAAUGAAUAUGAUAGUGGUAGCUCAAAGACCAUGAAACUUGCCAUUACCUAUCAGCCUAAUGGAAGAUACCUGAUUAAGACAGAAGAAUAUGAAUCUCCUGUUUUAGACCUCAAAGCAUCAUAUGUAAAAGAUCACUAUUUUAGAGUUGAAGCUGCUGGUGUAUUCAAUGAUGUUAAUGUAGCCCUUUACUCAAAGGAUCAAAUAAGGCAUAUUCAUAUUUGGCAAGGAUCCCAUCAUCAUUAUUUCAGAGAGAAGCUAGGCCUGGAUCUGUCUGAGGAUGGACAAUCCCUAGAUAAACCCAAAGUUGAAGCAUCAGUUAACCCUCGAGGGACAGUUGUAGCACCCAUGGCAGGCUUGGUAGUCAAAGUUCUAGUGGAGAACAAGGCAAGAGUGGAGAAAGGUCAACCUGUGUUAGUAUUAGAAGCAAUGAAGAUGGAGCAUGUUGUAAAGGCACCAUCUUCUGGUUAUGUGCAUGAACUUCAAGUUACGGUAGGUGAACAGAUUUCAGAUGGCAGUGUUCUUUUCAGUGUAAAGGUUAGUUAA